AAAAGAAUGGAUUGUAGAUUACAGGCUCCAACAUCAACUGCCACCACAUCAUUCAUCGAUGCCAUGGACUUUGGCUCCAUCACCAACAACUCAUCAUCACCAUCAUCAACAACAACAACAACAACGUCAACAUUGACCAUCUCAACUACUUCAAACACAAACUCAAAGGGUAGCUCCUCACCUUCACCAUCAUCACCAUCGACAUCAUCACCAAAGACUACGAUGGCACAAUCAAAGAAACCAAUGGCAGUAACAUUCACUGAUGAACAGAUACAGCGUGCUUGCUCGAUGGGUGUCACUAAGCUGGCCACCAACAAUGUUCAAUCAUUCUCUGCUACCGACCCUAUCAAUGACAACAAUGUGUUACAGGGUGUAGUCAUCAAGGAAUCAAACGACUUUAUCAUCAUGCGAGUGAAUGGUGUCGAUCUCGAGACCUAUCAAUACGUCUACGUCGUCCCCAAGGUCAAGAAGUAUCACAGUCAUCUCCUGCCAGAUGUUCAUUUCAAGCGAUACUACCUGGCCAACAAGUGGAAUGGCAUGAACAUCCAGUUCUUCAAGUACUUUGAUCAUGAUGGCAACUGCUUUGUUGGAGCGCGACCAAGGACCAGCCACUUCUUGUCCAAUGACAAGAAGGGCAACGCAUUGGAGGUCGUCAAUCAGAUAAUCAAACAACAUGCGACAUCGAUGCAAUCAUUCGAUAUCAUCCCCAAUGUAACAUUCCAGAACCAAUGUCCUGAGUUGCUGUUGCCACUGCUUCAAAAGGACUCGCACACCAGCUGUCAAUCAAUGUCGUUUGAGCUGUGCGGCAACAAGCUGCCUCACAUUGUAAACUACUCAUUCGAGCUGGCUCUCCAGCCGCUGAUGACCAUCGAUGGUCGCAGCGGCGCAAUCUCCCCAGUGAUCAAUGAGCAUGGUGUGCUGACCAACGUGGACGAGCCAAUCACUCUGGCCAAUCUUCAGGAGCGUGCAACUCUUAUCAAGCAACAGCUGUUGGAUAUCAAUCAGACGUAUCGCAAAGAGAACAACAUGCAAGAGAACAUGUAUUGGUACAAUCACUAUCUCGAGGAGGGGCGAGUGCUGUACAUCCUCAACGACAACAAUCAGUUGGUGGAGCAAAACAACAUCUUCUCUAUCAAGCCCACCGAUGCUGAGAAGUAUCAUUGGGAGCAGUUCGACUCUGGCAUUCAGACCAAGGUGCUGAUGAUCGUACAGGAGCUGAAGGAGAAGGGAUCGCCCGUCAACAAAGCCACGCUCCAGAAGGAGUUGGAGUUGGACCAGUACUCAUGGGCAAAGUGGGAGGACGACAUCCUCGACCUGGCCAUCCUUCCCGAGUUUGACUCUGGAAACAAUGUCAAACAACAGUCGGGCAAGAAGGGACAGCAGACACAGACAUCAUCACCAUCAACCACACCACAGCCGAGAAACAAUGACAAUCAGAGAGUGCUGAUCACUGUUGGAUUCCCGGCGUCGGGCAAGAGUUACUUUGCAUCGCGCCUCGCAGAGCGAGGCUGGAAGAGAGUGAACCAGGACGAUCUUGGAACGAGAAAGAAGUGCGAGGAUGUCAUGAUCGCCAGUCUGAAGCAGGGCGAGAGCGUGGUGAUUGAUCGCUGCAACUUUGACAUUCAACAGCGUCGCACCUGGGUCCGCCUGGCUCACCAGUACGGCGUCAAGAACAUCCACCUGCUCUGGUUCAAGAUGGACACUGAUCUGUGUAAGAAGAGAAUCGUCGUGCGCGAGGAUCAUCCAACUAUACCAAAGGGUAACGAGGGCAUUGAGAUCAUCAACAAGUUCGAGGUCAUGUUUGUGGAGCCAGGUCCCCACGAGUCAUUCAGCGACAUUCAGGUUAUCCAGUCCGAGGACGAGUCAAACGCAGCCAUCGAGUCCUAUGCCAAGAUGGUUGAGGCCGCCAAUGCAGCAGCAGCAGCGGCAGCGGCAGCAACCUUGAGUGUGCCCGAAGUCAGUUUGGAGCAAACUGAUAACAUCAUCGUCUCAUCAUUCUCAGCCUUGACCGUUGACGCUGUGGACGUC